AAGCUCCUGGGACAGGAAAGGGAAGAGAUGACCAUUUCCUGCUGCAGCAAGAAAAUAAAACAAACAGGAAACAAGGAGCAGAGCUCACAGGGAGCAGAACCAGGAGAGGAGGCUUUGGACCGACGGAGCUGCAGAACCAGGAGAACCCAGUGGAAGAAGCUGAAGGAUCUUGAGAAACUCAGCAGGAUCUGGUGUUCUGCGGCGGUUGAGGAAGAAACCGGGUUUGGAUCCUGUAGGAACAUCAAGGGGAACCAGAGAGGAACCAGAACCAGAGAUGUCCUCCACCUGACUGGAUUUCUCUUAGUGAAAAGGUGUUCCCACCCCAGUCCCCCCACCCCCGGUUCCAUCAUGCCUAUCUUCAAGAACCUCCCUGUUCGCCUGAAAGGCGGUGGUCCAAAUCUAGACAACGCCUUGUUCUUCCGCAGGAUGAGUCUCAACAUCACUCCCCACCACAACCCCUUCGAACACGAUGAUGACAAUAUCCAUGGCAACGGCGGCCAUGAAAGCCACUGGUCACCAGGAAGCUCGCUGUUGGACGGCGACAUGCCGAGGGACCGCAACCCAUUUGAAGACGAAGAGGACGAGAACGAGGCCAACGAAGGCAAGAAAGGAAACGGCAGCGGAGGGUCAGUGAAGGGUUCGUUCAAGUUUAAGUCGCCGCUGAAGAGUCUCGGAAAACUCGGGAAGAACCUGAGGAUGUCGGGAAAGAGCAAAGAUGGCAACACGCCGUCCCCACAGGGGUCGCUGCAGGGAACGCCGUCGCCUUCACAGAAGAAGAAGAGAGGCAGGAGGAGCUCAGAGGGCAGUCUGCUCAGAUUCGCAGGAAAAUACCGCGACUCCCUGAGCUCCCGCAAAGAAUCCUUCACCAACGGCGAGCUGAACUGCUCGGAGAGCGACUGCGACUCCAUCAGCCGGCGCCUGACCUUCAUGAAGAUGGUGGGCCUGGGGAAGCUGAAGAGGGAGUCCAUCACCGACCGAAUGUCCCAGGGCCCCGAGGACCAGCCGGUGCAGGAGGAGGAGGUGGUGGAGGAGGUCAAACCCAGAGAGCCUCUGUCAGUCCUGGAGAUCCUGCAGCUGGUGAAGAAGCGCGACCUCUUCCUGGCCGACGCCCACAUCCUGGAGCUGGAGCAGGAGUGCAACGCCGCCGCCGAGCCCGAGGACGCCGCCGGCCCCGCCGUCAAAGAUGGCGGCCGCAGGAAGGCGAAGGACGUGGAGCUGCUGUACGAGGAGCUGCAGAAGGAGCUGUGGGCCGUGGUCAGGGAGUCGCUGCGGGCCCCGACGGCGGGACCCAACCUGGGGCUGGUGGUGCAGGUCCUGCAGCAGGAAGAGGAAGCAGAUAAAACCUGGGCCCUCAGUGAGGCGGCGGCCCCCGGGGGCCCCAGGCCUCGCCGCCUCAAGCAGAGGUGGAGGGAGGCGGUGGAGGAGGCGGCCGACUCCUCGCUGCCCCAGAGGGCAGAGUUCACGGCCGGAGAGCUGGACAAGUACCUGGACCGGCUCCGCGCCAGGGCGGUGGAGGACCUGGGGGCGGCCAAGAGGAACGCUGUCUCCAUCUACCCCGAAGACUUCCAGGCCUUCCAGGUGUAUGUGGAGAGCUACCACCAGGCGGUCGCCAGGCGCCUGAAGGUCAUCACCGACAACCAGCUGGAGAUCACAGACAUCUACUCUCUGCUGGACUGGCUGUACAACAUCUACAACAGAGACGUUCUGGGGACGGUGUGCAUCACCAGUCCGUUUAACCGCUCCCAUCUGAGUCCUCUGCUGCCUGCAGAGACGGUGGACCGACUGGAGCUGGACUGCCUCAACUCUGUCCGGGCGAAGGUGACCACUGAGCUGAGUCAGGUUCUGGAGGACGAGGAGAAACGGUGGAUGGAGACGUUGCAGGUCAAAGAGUACCACAUCACGCUGGCCAAAACCGUCAUCCAGAGGCUGCAGGUAGAUCUGGAGCGGUCGGCGUCCAUCAACAGGAGUCUAGGCUCCCGGGUGGCUCAGUGCAGCCUGAACGGACUGGCAGACUUCCUGUACAGCUUCCAGCGUAAAGUGGAGAUGUUCCACGAAGGAAUGCAGAGCGGCAUGUUUGGAGACGACGACGACGGAUACGUGUCCAAAACCAUCGCCAUGGUCAACUGCUGUCCUCCUUUCCGAGGCUUCGUACAGCGCUGUGCACAGUGUGACCCGUCAGUCAGUGAGGACUCUCUGCGGCGAGCCAACAAGUCUCUGGACCACAUCGUCCAGCAGGGUGUCAGGGUUCUGUCCGAGCGACUCUACCUGCACAUCAGGCUGUUCUUUGAGCGCCUGGUGAAGAGGAAGUGGCUGACCAACGCGGAGCCGUACGAUCAGAUCGAAGCCGCCAUCAAGGAGGAUUUUAAGAAAUAUCGCAGGAUGGAUAAUCCUCCCUAUCAGCUGCUGGUGGCUGAAGUCCACCGGCGGGUGGUGAUGGAGUACCUCCGCUCCGUCAUGAGGGGCCGGAUCAUCUGCACCUCCAUGAAGAUGAGGAAGAGGAUGGCCGGCCGGCUCCGAGACGAAGGGAGGCAGAUCAAAGCGCUCUUCAAAGACCUGGAGUCUCCGUCCAGCUGGUUGGACGGCGCGCUGUCCCACAUCUCAGAGCUCAUCCAGCUGGAGGACGUCCCGUCCAUCCAGAUGGAGGUGGGAGUCCUGGUCAGAGAGUUUCCAGACGUCAGGAAGAAGCACGUGUCGGCCAUCUUGAACAUCCGCGGGAUGACCCGGCAGGCGGAGCGCCAGGAGAUCCUGAACAUUGUCAAAGACAUCGAGAGCGACGGCGGACCGGGCCCGCUGUCCCGGGACCGGGCCCUGUUCGCCGAGGUUCCGGUCACCUCGGAGGUCCACUGCCUGAACGUGGGCCUGAGCCGGAUCGCCCUGACCGCCUCGUCCUGCGUCAGCGCGCUCAGACCGCGCCGCCGUAAAACCAGAACCGCCACGCAGGAGAACCCGGACGAUGCUCUGUAACCGGGCUCAGAACCAGCAGAACUCUCUCACUUUUAUUAUCAACUCCAAUCUGCUGGUCCAGAUGGUCAGAACCGGAUCUGGAGUUAAUGCUGCUUCUGGACCCCGGUCCUGUUCUGGUUCUGACUGAAAUGGAAAUGGACGUUUUGUUUCCCAAAGCCUCCGAGGUUCUGACCCAGACCGGACCAGAUCGGACCUCCUUCAGGAUCAGAACUAACCCGACCCGGUUAACAAUGAAAACCAGAGGCUGGUUCUGGUUUGAACUGGAAACCAGAAUCAUUGCCAGUAGAACCAGUUGGACCCAUUGGUCCUCCUGCAGAACCUCUGAAAAAGAAGCACUUUAUCUGGAACCAGAACCAGGAGAACGGAUCUCUGUGGUACCAGUCCGGCUAAGAUGGACUCAGAAUCUGGAUCGGGUCGGUGUUGGAGAACCCGGUGCCGGACCAGUCAGAUAAAAUCACAGGGGUUUCACCAGAACGGCGGGAUCCAAACAGGAAUUCCUGUUUGGAUCCGGUUCGAUUCAAACAGGAAGUGACGGAGUUUUAGCGCCAGACUAAUAAAAACAUUUAGUUACGACAAUAAAGUUUCUUCAGAUUAUUACAACGUUAAUGUUGUUCGGCUUUAUCCUCAUAAUUUAUGUUUUUUCUUAGCCUGGUCGCAGUAAUCCGUCAUUUUAGAAAACUAUUGAGUAGAUUUUUUUUUUCUCUCAAUUUUAUCUCCUUUAGUUCCGACCCCUGACCUCUGACUCCUGACCCUAACACACAAACAUAAUCGCCAAAAUGUCUUUUAGUCAAAUAUUAAUGAAAAAAAUCAACGAUGCAGCUAACAAGCAGUAGUGGGCACAUUUCCGCUAAUGUGCUAAUAGCGGAGCUAAUUUUUGGCACUUUUGCUAGCUUGGACACAUUUAGCUUCCCCUUAAUCACAUUUUCCAGAUCAAUUCUAAAGAGCUAAUUUUUUGAUUUAGAAACAUUCAGUUGAAUAAUUUCAACAUCUGUGUGGAAGUUUUGGUUAUCAAAUUCUUCAGCAGUUAGGUGAAGAUAUUCAUGCUUUUAUUUUGAAGUCUGUUUACACGAACAAAAUAAAACAUGGAUAUAAAAACAUGUUUUAGAACAAGUAUGUAAAUUAUAAUGUUGGUGUUUGUAGCCUUUCAAGGGAAGAUAUUUGAAUUGAAAUUAGCACUUUGGUAUUAGCUCAUGCUAAGUAAUAUGUUAGCACAGCGCAUUAGCUUCUGCUAAGUACUGUGUUGGUGAAACGAUUCAGCAGAACUGCUGAUUAUUAUUGGAAUCUUACGCUUAGUCCAGCUAGCGUAGUAGUUAGUGGUGCCCAUCACUGGUAGCUAGCCAGCAUUUUAUUUUAGCAUCAAGAACAUUUAGGCUAGCGCUGUUGGACACGAUACAAACAUUUCAGCUUUUAGUCGACGAUUCAUCUCCCUCAGUCAGGUGAAUUUAGAGUCAGAGCGCCACCUGGCACGUUAGCACGAGCUAUUGUUAUGUUAGCAUGAACUACUGUUAUGUUAGCAUGAACUACUGCUACUGCAACAUUAGCAUGCAAUGCUCAUAUUCUUUGACUUUUGUCCCAUUCUCAUUUUGGCUUAGUUUUAAUGACCUUUUGUCCUUUUUCGUGUCUAUAAAACAAAUUUGUCUAAUAAGCGAUUUACAAAUUCACAUCUUAAUCCAGAGGGUUUUAAUAUUAUUUCCAAUUAUUGCUAAUAAAAUGUGAUUAACAUUACAUCCUCUGCUGGCCGCCCGGAGCUUUGUCCCGUUUGGUUGAUGAUCCCAGGAAACCUCCAGAAACUGGAGCGUCGGAGUUUUCCUGAAGCUCACAAGAAAAGAAAAUGAAAAGUUGAAUCUAAUCAAAGGUACUUGAUGUUGAGUUUCUGUAUUUAAAACAUUAAUUCUAGUGUUGAAGCUUCUGGGUGCGACGAUGAGGUUUAUUAUGUGUUUUAUUCUUUCAGCUGUUUGAUUCUUGACUUCUGUUCGAUUUAGAUGCAGAGAAAUGAAAAUAACAUUUUAAAUUUAAACGAUUUAGGAGAUUUUCAUGUUUUUACUGUCGAGCUGAAACCUUUCAGAAAGACUGAGCAGCUUCUAGUUUCAUCAAUAUUUCUGUUCUGAGACUGAAUUCAGAUUAACGGUAAAUUUCUCUGCUGCUAUUACUUAUAAGAUUAACAAGACAAUAAAAUCAGAUUAAAUCAU